GAAGCAGAUGACUCUUUUCUAUGAGAAAGGGAUGUGUCUUGCUGAAUAGAUCUUUAUGAAUAGUCACCUAGAAAAUCAUCUACUUUGAGCAUGUCUCGCAUCAUGAUUUAAUUGCUGCUAACCUGACCAAAAUCAAUAUGGCUUAUGUGAAGAUUUUGAAUUUUAUCAUCGAUUGAAUCGAUCUGAGCUCGUAAAAGCUGAUUAACAAGAGUUUUAGGGAAGAACAGAUUGAUAAAAUAUUACUUGGUCCUGAUAUUAAAGAUCAGGUGCAAUUGGUAACGCAACAACUACUCUAUUUUGUGAGGAUUUUUGUUAGGCAUAUUGUAAAUUAUACAAGUUGAGAAUAUAGAUUGUGUGUCCUGAAUAUUCGCGGUAGCUGAAAUGGUUAAAAAGCUGUCGGGUAGCUGGGAUUUGGACAAACAUGAAAAUCUUUGACAGGGCGCAUUUCUGUUUUCAAUUACCUAAUGUCACAGUUAAGAAGGUGCACCCUUGAAAUCGGUCCUUGGAAACUGGAAUGUAUUGCAGCCUACUGAGAUACAUUAGCUGAUACUUUCGGCUUUGAUUUAGAACUAUUUAAAACACAGAAGCCUAUCACCUUUUUAAGGAUUCUUGUAUAAUAUUCUUCUAUUAUUAUCUUUUAUUGCUUAGUUAUACCCUAGUGUGCCUUAGCAGAUGAAAUUAUACUCCUCCAGUUUUUCUUUUUUGUGUGUUGUCUGUUUUUUACUUUAAACUCACAUCCGUGGUCGAUGUCAUGUACAAAUUAUUCUAUAUCUAGUCUUUUAUUUACCCUUUGAUUUAAAAUAGAUAUUAUAAGCAUAGAUUUUUCUUUAUUAAAACAGAAAAAUAACACUCCCUUUAUAAAUAUAUUAAUUUUUUCUUCAGGGGGGGAGGGGAAUUAGGUGUUAAGCCACGCACAGUGUUGGAUAUUUCUGUAAAUGAACGAUACACUCCAGAGUUCACGUGAAGUGCGUGCAACUAUAGAGAAUUCUAUCGUUGCUGAAAUAGGUGUGUGCACCGCUGGACGGUGCCCGAACCCAAGCAGCUCUGGGCAUGUGUACUCCCAUCUUUCAGCGUUAAUGACACGCGAUAGUACAAGGUGCAUUCCAGAUGUUAUCCCUGUGGGUGAUUUGGUAUGGCCGUCACCAUUACUUUCGAUGUGGAAAAAGAUGUGUUACAGCUCCUUUGCUGGCAUAUUUCCUUUUAUCUCUUGUGUGUGGCUAGCUGUGGAUAACCGCCUCAUUCUUUGGAACUAUCGCAGUGAAAGAGAGCUUUGUCAAUAUGAAGAGAUUCCAGAGCUCAUUGUUGCCGUAGGAAAUCCUGUCCGACCGCAAAAGGACAUUUUUCAACUCCAUAUUACCUAUGUGCUCCCUGUGGCUACUUCUGAAGUUGUUUAUUUACUUGGUGUGUGUAUAGGAAAUGAGGCAGAAUUGUCUGAAGUAAGGCUAAUUAAUCUGGGGUACAGUGUGAUGGCACCUUCUUUGUUAACAAAAAUUAUUGGGAUAGAAGAAAAUGGAAGAAUUUUUUGUGCUGGAUCAGAUGGGAAUUUGUACGAGCUGCGAUAUGUUCGUGAAAGCACAUCAUUCAUCCCAAGAAUACGAAUGGUAUGUUUUUCCUUUUUCCUUUCAAAAUGGCCCGUACUAGGACAGAUUACGUCGCUGAUAGGCACAAUGAAGCAAACGUGGACCGGGCCCAACGCAGGGUUAUGCGACAUUAUCGUCGACAAGCGUCAUGACUUGCUGUUUAGUCUGGACGAACGAAGCGCUAUAAGCGUCUGGCGCAUCUUGCCGAACGAUCUUAAAUUUCUAAAAUCGCUUACUCACCAACCAAGCAGUUAUCUUCCAUCUAAUAUUUCCCACAUUCAGUCGUUCUCACCACUAUGUAAAUUGUUCGUAAUCGAUCCGGAUCACGAUGGUUGCACGCUCACCGCUAUUGCUGUUUCCGGGGAACAGUUUCGUUAUCACUAUACAGACCAUUAUGCGGGAAAUCAAAGCGUGGACUUUAUGUUACGGGGAUAUGUCCCUUCGCACUGUAAAGCUUCACGCGAAGUAGGGGUCUGCUACGCCAGCGGUUCCGUUGUUAUUCUAGCAAACUCUUCAGAGAAUUCAGCGGAUGAGCUCGUUGUAAUUUCUUCUCCAAAAGCCAUCAUGGAGCCGCAUAGCAAGUUUCGAAACAUUGUAACAACCUUCGACUCGUCUGAAUCUCGAAUCAUACGUGUAGAUGCCAUUGAGAUGAUAUUCCCGGUGGAGGCCUGCAUGAGUCCUAAUGAUCUCUGUGCCCAGGUGAAUCACCCCCCUCCAAUUUUUGCGGUCGUGCAUCGACACGGGCUCUCCUUCUUUCUACAAAUGCGUCCGGUUGACUCUCUUUACACAAUCAUGAGCAUGUCCGAUGUGAAAAAUCGUGAGGGACUCUUACAACGUUUUGCGUCGAUUUACAACGUCGUGGACUACACUGCAAUGCUACUUCAAAUAGUGAUUAACGCAGUUAAUAUUAGCCACUUUAUUUGCCGGCCUUUCACAUCAGACAGCUUUAACAAACUUUCGGCAAGCACUAUUGGCACAUCAACCCAAGCUGGAGGACUCACAUUUGACCAUUUAGGUACAAUUCUAUUGAACUGUAAUUCCUCCACACCUAAACACCUCGCACGGGAGCUAUUACGAAGUGCAGUCCUUCCGUCUACACAAAGUAAUCUACCUGAUGCUUCGGGGACUAGACAGAUAGUUAUCGUUCUUUCACUUUACUCAAGUGCUGUGGUCGCCUAUAUAGCACGUGCACUUUACGACGUCUGGGAUGUUCUCCUCCACAAAUUGUCGCAAGAAAAUUUGAAAACAAUUGAAACAGUUUUUUCCCUUUUAGUUCGUUUUCUUGAAAGUACUGAUUUGGCGACCUACAGUGAAGAAGGUCUUCGAAUCGAUAUCCCUCAUCGAUGGGAACUCAACAAAGUUGUGGUGUCGCUACCAGCUGGCACUAAUCUUUCCCCUUAUGUUGUUAAUAAGUUUCAAAUGAUUAUGUUAUUUCAGGCCUACCAAAUCGCUCGAAAAACCCUACAAACUGCUCUGCUUUUACAUCAAACACGCUUCCUUUCACUUCGUUCUGAAGACCGUUUCUUAACUUUUGGCCAAGUUGUUCGUGACGAAAUGGUCGCCAGGCGACUGGGCCAGUACUACACCCAAUUGAUUCUGUCUUCACAACAGGGCAUUGGGUCUGCCGUAAGCCAGCAAGUACACUCAUUUGUUGAUCUUCAAAAACGAUGCCCGUACUUCUUCGAUAGCAUUGAAACGCAGGAGUUAAAGGUACAGUCGGAAAUUGCGAUGCUUACCCGCGGCGGCAGUCUCGACACGCUAACGGUCUCGCAGUUAGACCAAUGGAUGACCUCGGUUGCUCCGCGUGCGGGUUCUUACUGGUUGUCUGGUGCACUCCAGACGAUUUGUCAGCAGCUCAAAGAUCUCAAACGGGAAGAUCUUGCCGUACAACUCUUGCUUCACGCGGCGAGGCAGUUGGACCCAAGAAGCGCCUCACUACCACUUUAUCUUGCUGAGCGAAGCGGACGCCUAGUGCAGGAAAAUGUCAGUACACCACUUUACGCCCUUUACCAAAACAAGUACCGUACGCUACAACUGGUAGCUUCGGUUUUGGAGUCAUCUUGGUUGAGUCAUCGUAGUGUCAUUGAUAUCCUUCUCGGUAGUCCACAUAAAUCUGGAGCAAUAUGGGAAGUUGAGCCUAGUGAUGAGUUUGCGCACUACUAUUUGCUUGAUUGGAUGCGUGCACCACGGGAUGAUACGAUUCUCACACAAGCUCUUCGAGAUACCCUUGUAGCGGCGCGCUCCCCAUUUCUCGAAAAAUAUCUUACCCAAAAUUCAGCACUUCUGGGUGAGGAAUACGCACACUAUCUGCACCGCAUGAAACACGACUAUAAGGCUGCCAUUGAGCACAGCGUGGUACUUGCGCAGUCUCCACUUCUUCAGAUUCCUCGUGCCGAUCGCCUAUCUUACCGGAUGCGUUGCCUGAACAAGGCACGAGAAUGUGCUUGUGAAUGCGGUUCGGGGCAAAUUCAACAAAUUGAGCAACUCCUUUCGCUCUUAGAGGCCCAACAGCGACUCCUAAAAAUAGUCACCGAUUACAUUGGCUCGGGUCAGAUGCAUCUAGACAAAACUUGGCAGGUAGGCGGUCGCAUGGUGACUGAACGGGAUCUGGUCUUGAAACAUGCAGAACAGCUCUCUGAGAGUGUCUGCUCUGUGAGUGAGAUUCUUGAAAUCGGUGGGAUGUACACGUCUUACGGAGGUGCGGAGGUGCAACUUGAUGUACUUGUAAGCUCAAAUGUUAGUGACUCAUGUGUAUUUGCAAUGUGUAUCCUGCGAGCCUAUCAAUUCCAUGAUGAUAAUAUGGAGGACCUUACACAACGUCUUAUUGAACGUUAUUAUAAGAAGAACGUUAUAUUCCCAAUACCAACUGUGAUUCAAGUGCUAGAGGCGUGCUAUUAUGUCAAAUUCCCACAAGGCUGUCUUUCGGCGGCUAAAUUACUAUUAGAGCUUGGUGUCGAUAUCAAGGUUCUUUUUUAUUCAUACCAAGAUUUAAUCGAAGAACGGUAUCAAGACGCGGCCAUGUGUGAGGCAUUCACUCGGGCUGGUGUUACAAGCGCGUAUCUUGUCCACUCGUUAGCCUUUGUUCUUUAUGAAAUGGCUAGGGCAGCGCGACGAGGUACCCUUCGAUUUACAGUAGUAGCUCAGGCAAUGCGAGUGGUGCAGGAUUAUAUAUCCUUAUGCUCUAGCAGCCAAGCAAUUGAGAAUACUGAACGCCAAGCUUUGAGUGAAGCCGAAAAUUAUCUUCGUCUCUCAGACAACAUUAUUAAUGCCGGCUAA